UUUCUAUUCCAAGAAUAGAAGGGUCAGGAUGUGUUCUUUAAUCAUUGUCCGAGAAAAUAGUGACGACGUUCCGACGUUUCGAAUUUGUCCUAAUCGAACGACUUUCGAUCACGGUCUUCUAUCUAUCUCUUUCUCUUUCUCUUUCUCUUUCUCUUUCUCUUCUUCUUUCUCCUUUUCUUUCCUUAUAUCACUACCCUAGGAAAAUCACCCUACAAACAAGCAAGUACUAACGGAGAUUUAUAGAGACUCUUUUGUCUUCUUCACGAGUCCUCUUCUCGUCCUUGCCAUUUUCAAAGAGAUGUCACGUCGCAGGCAGGACCAGUAGGAACGUAAAACAAAUUUAUCGAAGAAGAAGAAGAAGAAGAAGAAGAAGAAGAAGAAAAAGAAGAAAAGGAAGAAGAAAAAGAAAAAGAAGAAGCAAAAACAGGUCGGUGGCAUGUUGGAACUCUUUUCCCCUAUCAAGUGUCUUCUUCAGGAGGAACGAAUUCGGAUCGACAACGUUGUGUUCAGGUUACAUUCACGCGCAACGGUUCUCCUAUUUCUCGUCUGUGCUACGCUCGUAACCGCUAAACAGUUCAUAGGCGAACCAAUUAGCUGCAUCUCCGAUCACAGCAUAGACAGAACGACGUUAAACGCAUACUGCUGGAUAUAUAGUACCUUCACAGUGGCACGUCACUUAAAGGGAAUACCAGGUCGAACUGUGGCAAGUCCAGGAAUAGGAAAUGCAUCUCAGGACGACGAAUUAUACUAUCAUCGUUAUUACCAGUGGGUUUGCUUUAUUCUCGGCUUACAAGCGAUUCUCUUUUACGUGCCGCGAGCGUUAUGGGGAAUAUGGGAAAGGGAUACCGUCGCUUUGCUCGCGAGGGACCUUUCCACUUCGUUUCUGGAUCGAGAUGCUUGGACCGAGAAUAGAAAGCGUCAACUAGUCGACUAUUUUAUUGAAGGUGAUCUUCGAAUGACGCACAAUUUCUACGCUCUUCGUUAUUUCCUCUGCGAAGUUUUUAAUUUUCUCAAUACGAUAGGACAAUUAUAUCUAUUGGAUCUAUUCUUCGAGGGUGAAUUUAGACAUUACGGAGUCGCAGUUCUAGCAUUUUCCAAGGAAAAACAAUACUCCGAUAAGAUAGAUCCGAUGACCCGACUCUUUCCCAAGGUCACCAAGUGCACGAUGCACACCUUCGGCUCGGCCGGCUCGACCCAAAUUCACGACGCUCUUUGCGUUCUCUCGUUGAACGUGAUGAACGAAAAGGUCUUCUUCUUUAUUUGGUUCUGGCUGAUAUUUCUAACGAUUCUCGGCUUUUUUGCUCUCUUUUACAGGAUCAUUGUUUUCUCUCAAGCGAGGGUAAGAGUCUAUCUUUUGCGAGCUUCGAUGAGGACCCUUGCGCAUGCCAAAGCAAAUACCAUAGUUCGAGUGCUUACUUUUGGCGAUUGCUUUCUCCUCCAUCGACUCGCACAGAACGUGAGCCCGAUCAUAUACAGGGAACUAAUCGACGAGUUGGCAAUCAGCCUAUCGACGAAGCAUUUCAAAGGAUUAGUCUAAUUCUACGAAUUUAUCUAUUUAAUCGAUUUAAUAUACAAGUAUAUAUAUAUGUGUGUGUGUAUGUAUGUAUGUAGAUAUAUAUCAUUCGAUCGAAAAAGAUCAUUUGAAUCGUUUAAAAUGAAAUCGAUUCUCGAUGAUAAGAGAAUUUCAAUUUUUAGAUAACGUUUCUAUAUAUCUCUUCGUACUAAGAAUUAUUUACGAGUAUUCCGAUAAAUUAUUUAAAAAUAUUUUAUUGAUUCUCCUAAUUUUAUCUCAUUGGAUUUUUCAAUCUAAAUGCGCGCGUUAAAAGUUACGUAGAAUUGACUUAUCGUUCGUACUUAUGUAUACAGUAUGUAUGUAUACGAUUUAUAUCUUUACACUCGAUUAUUUUUCUGAAUAGUAAAUACACGAAAAAAUUUUUUUACACGAAUGUUACAUGUUACACGUCAAAAGAGAGAAAAGAGAGAAGGAGGGCGGACGUCGCGUUUACAUUUUUAAAUAAAACCCGAUAUCCCUUAUUAAACAUUCUUGUAACUGACAUUAAACUAAUUUCAAAAUGCUUCGUACACAUAUAUUUUGCAUACCUACACAGUUCAGAAGCACAUAAAGCGCUGUAUACAUCGGAUAACUGCUGUCAAGGGACUCACAAAAUUUAAUACUUAAUAACUCAACGAUGGCUUAUAUCCAUGCAAAACAAUAAAUGUGCUGAUUAAAGCAUUUUCAAAUCAAUACUGAGAUAUCAGCUUCAAGAAUACAUAAUAUUGGAUUAUAUUGAAAAACGUGACUUUUAAACGAAAGCUCUCUAAGCUCUCAAAAUCGCACAAUUAAAUAAUUAUCUGUGUCUUCGUUGACGCGAUACAACGCUCAUCUGUAACAUUUUUUUGCAUUUUUAAUAUUUACGGCAAAUUGUUGCGGGUAUAUAUUAUAUUUAAAUCGGACAUUCUGUAUAUACAUAUAUAUAUAUAUAUAUAUAUAUAUAUAUAUAUAUAUAUACAUAUGCGAAAAAUAAAGUUUAUCAUUGAAGAUUCAUUUGCAACAUUUGUUCGAGUAUCGGCCGCUAGGUGCUACUCCAAGUUUGAAAUAAUCGAUCGAGCACAUCGAUUAAAUAUUAAUAUCGAUCUUACGCGUUUGGUUAUGGUCCCUUAUCAAAUUGUAUUUAAUAAUAAUUGUAAUUGUGCUCAUUGAUCGAAAAGAAAAAGAGAAAAAGAAGAAAAGAAUUGAAAAAAGACAUUUUUUUCAAUACUAUCCUUAUUAUUAUUAUUUGUAUUAUUAUAUCCUUUUUUUUGUAGAUUAGAAAUUACAAAUCGAAGAAAUUUGGUUAAUUAGUAGUGUUAGUUUCGAGGAAUCGAGAGACGUAUAGCGCCAUCUAGCGUCGUAUCUGUCGAAUUACAGAUAUCUAAAAGCUAAAGUAAAAUCAUACGGACUACAUGCGGAGCAGUCGCAGAACGUGGUAGGUGCGUGUCGCUUGCCUCGCGAAAGUCUUCGAGUUGAACUAACUCUAGAGCGUGUAUGACGGACUGGAGAGGGAGGGCGGGCGGCUUAUUGUCAGUGUUAAGCAUAGUCAUGAGUUCGAGGUUUUCUUCGAUCAGAAAGUUGAGGCGAAGUGGCGGGAAUCGAGCGUCUUCUUGUUAACGAUUUAAAUAAACACAUAAAAACAAGAAAAUAUAAAUAAUAACGAUAGAAAGAAACAUCAAGAAGUAAAUUAGAAGGGAAAGGAGAGAAAAAAAAAGAGGUUAGGAAAAGGAUAGAAAAGAACGAGUCGCCGAUCCAUGUGGAGGUUGUUAUUAGAUGAUAGACAACUUUAUAGGAUGAUGAAAUUAAACGGAAAUGCAAUUUAUUGAGGAAGGAUAAAAGGAGUAAAAAUUAAUCCCGGCUGUGUUUGUGUUUUCGGACACGACGACAAAACUGUGUGUGUGUCUCUCUCUUUCUCUCUCUCUCUCUCUCUCUCUCUCUCUUUCUUUUUCUCUCUCCGUCGUUAUCGUAUUCUUCAAUCGUCGAUUAUCCUCGUCAUUGUCGUACGUUAAUAAAAUAAAAUAAAGCAAUUGGAAAGGGACAAUAAAAAAAAGAAGAAGAAAAGAAAAGAAAAGAAAAAAAAGAGAGAAAAAAAAAUAAGAAGAAGAGGAAGAAAACAAAGGUAAUUCACCCUGAGUUCGAUCUGGUCGUUUGUCUGUCUCUGUCUGGUAGAGACGUCCGUAACGGAUCCGUAAGAAA